GAAUAAAACAAACAUCGAAUCCUUAUCCUUCUGUUCCUUCGUUUAUGGAACCUUCACGUCAUCAUUUUCAAUCUAUGAUGUGUUGUAACGAUCCUUGCUGCAAGGAGGCAUGCGAAUAUACAAAUUCAUCAUCUAUCGGAACCGAAGUCAUGCAGUUUUCUUGGAAUGUGGCAAACGAUCCUCAGCUCUCUAAUUCUCUUAUGCCAUUUCCAUCAUCCUCGGAUGAAAGUGCAACAGUUCCGGUUUAUCGGUGGAAUAGCCAUAUUGCCAGUUCGCCCAAUCAUUCCUUGCAGUUACCAACAUCUUUGCAUCAAAUAUCCUCACAAAGUUUGUUUACUCAAACACAAUCUCAUAAGAGGACUGUGCAAGAAGAAUUGUUCACCGAUCUCUCGUUAAAUGAGCUUAACAAGCCGUAUGCUCUACCUACAAUUUCCAAUGUUCAACAACCAGCUAGCUUAUUUCGCAAACGUGCUAAGGCAAAUAUUACACCCAAUAACUCUCCGGUCAUGCUGUUGUCUUUGGAGUCUACAGUUGAAUAUGAACAAGACACUUUCAAACAAUUUCAAGCAAAAUAUGAAACUUAUAAAUUUCAACCAAGAAUUGACUUGAAUGAUAUUGUCCCUGAGACACCUGAACCACCUGUAGACCUUAAUGAUCCAAGACCUGAUGCACAACCCCGCAGGCAAAAAUUGAAAUAUCCAGGUGAUAUGUACACACCACAAUGGGUAAGGUAUUCUGGUCAUUCUAAGGAAGGAUUUUGUGAUGAUU